AUGCAGCCCGCACGACUCGCGGUAGGCCGCCGUGCUCUCGCGGCCGCCGGCCCCUCCUAUGUCUGCCAGAGCUGCCGGGCCGCCCGCAGCGGCGGCAUCUCGACCCGGCGACCGUACAGCAGCGCAUCCCACCCCCCGGCGCCCGCCGCUGGCGCCGCAUACCCACCCGCCUCCGGCGUCGCCGCCCUGCCCUCCCGGCGCCUGAUCUCCGUCUCCGGGCCCGACGCCGCCAGCUACCUCCAGGGCGUCGUCACGCGCAGCACCACCGACCAGCGGGGCCACCCCGUCGACCUCGGCUCGGGCGUCUACGGCGCCUUCCUCAACCCGCAGGGCCGCGUCCUGCACGACGUCUUCAUCUACCCGGACACCCUCCUCCACCGGGACGCCGCCGGCGGCGGCAGCUCGUACCUGAUCGAAGUCGACGCCGACCAGGUCGACCUGCUGCAGCGCAACAUCAGGCGCUACAAGCUGCGCGCCAAGUUCGCCGUCCGCGCCGUCGCGCCGGACGAGGUCGCCGUCUGGCACGCCUGGGACGACGGCGCCGCCUCCUCGGGCACCAGCAGCGCGGCCGCCGCCCUGCUCUCCCACGCGCACCUCGGCCCGGACGAGCUGCGCCACCCGGACGCCCGCGCCCCGGGCCUGGGCCAGCGCGUCCUGACCGCCCGCGCCGCCCGCCCGCGCCUCGACCUGCCCGACGCCGGCGAGCAGGCCUACGCCGUGCGCCGCUACCUGCGCGGCGUCGCCGAGGGCCAGGACGAGCUGCCGCGCGAGUCGGCCCUGCCGCACGAGUCCAACAUGGACGUCAUGGGCGGCGUCGACUGGCACAAGGGCUGCUACGUCGGCCAGGAGCUGACCAUCCGCACCCGCCACCGGGGUGUCGUGCGCAAGCGCGUCCUGCCCUGCGCCAUCUACGACGAGCACGCCGCCGCGCCCGCCGCGCUGGCCUACCACCACCCCCUCUCCUCGUCGUCGCCCACUGCGGGCUCGGGAACGGCAGCAGACAACGGCAACGACCAGGGUGCCGCCGCCGCCGCCGCCGUCGCGGCAGAGGAGGUGCCGUGCGGCACGAGCAUCGGGCGCGUCGGCAAGAAGGGCCGCAGCGCCGGCAAGUGGCUCAAGGGCGUCGGCAACGUCGGCCUCGCGCUGUGCCGCCUCGAGGUCAUGACCGACGUCGAGCUGCCCGGCGAGACGGCCGCGUCGGGCGCCUACGACCCCUCGGGCGAGUUCGUCAUGCACAUGGGCGGCGAGGACCAGGAGAGCCGCUCGGUCAGGAUCAAGGCCUUUGUGCCCGACUGGCUGCGCAGCGGCCUGCAGGCGCAGGCCAUCCGGUAA